AUGAUUGAAGAGGAGGGAUAACAACUUAAAAGUUAAUUAGAAUAACAACUUGUAGAGGCAAUUUUAGAUUCUCUUCAAAAUCAUAUGGAUCAAAAUGCCACCUUUUUAGGUAACCAUUUCCUUUUGCAUCUAUUCAAUAGCUGAAAGAUUGGUUUAUGAGAGAGACACUGAAGAGUUCAGGUCACUUUUGGCUGAAUGCUACUUAUAAGAGAAUUAGCCAUAUAAAGCAUGUCAUAUUCUUAAGGACUGUAAAUCAGAAUUCAAUCGGUAGAAAGCAAAUUAAUGCUAUUAGUUAUUAAUAUGCGGUGUCAUUAUUCAGAAAUCAAAAAUACAAAGAAGCUGAAGUUGCUUUGGUUGGAACUCAAUUUAGCAAUCAAUUUUCUAUCUAAACUCAAAACGUACCAAAUGGUGGUUUUGGUUUACUCUUGUUAGGUCAAAUUUAAGAAUAACUUCAUCGUAUUGAGGAUGCUAAACACCAGUAUUCAAAAGCAUUGGAUUAUAAUCCCACUUUAUGGAUUGCCUUUGAAAGACUCUCCAAAAUUGGGGAAUCUGUUGCCAUUAACAAGGUGUUCAACGAUCAGAAAUAGAGACAAUACGAAACUAAUAGAUAGUAGAGUUGCAAUAUCUAUAAGAUAAUACAGAACUUAUUGAAAAAUAAGACAGCCAAUUUUAAAUCAGGGUAGAAAGAGGAGGAAACUAGAGAUGAACUCUAAAUAAACGACUCCGUAAUAUUGUUAUCGAUAUGCUUUCUAGUAAUUUACAGGCAAAAGACAAUCUCAAACCAUAAAACCGUUUUCCACAACUGGUGUGCAGUAACCAAUCGUUCAUAUGGAUGAUUCUUCCAAUAGUUAAAUGAAAUUCUUAUGUAAUACUCGUUAUUACCUCUAAUGUAGAACCUCAAUAAAAAAAGAUAAGUGCUAAGAUGGUGCCAACUCCUGGAGUAGGUUACUAAAAUUACUAAUCUCUACUGAGCCAACCUUUUUAAUUCUCGUAAAACUAAAAUAAGAAUUUCAAUCCAAAAAAAAAUGACAUUCAAAAAGUCAACUCUGUAGCAAUUUAAUAAUCUCCUAGUUUAAUCAAGUAUGAUUACCUUAUUAGAAUUAAAUUAGUCUGCCGUAACUGUUGAAGUUGUUUGCCCAUCCUUAUUACUUAUGGACAAAUUAUUCAGUGGAAACCAUUGCUAAUUUCUAAAAGCUGCCUCCCCAACAUUAUAGAUCAGGUUGGGUGCUUGAAAAAGUAGCCAGAAGUUUUAUGGAUCAAGUCAAAUAUGCUGAUGCAGAGAGAGUGUGGAAGGAAAUGAGAUAGAUAGAGCCCAAUCGCUUAGAAGGCAUGGAUUAUUAUUCAUCUUGUUUAUGGCAUCUGAAAAAACAAUCAGAAUUGACAUACUUGGCCCAUUCAUGUUUGCAAAUCAGCAUGCAAGCACCUGAAACCUGGAUAGCUAUUGGAAAUUGUUUUAGUUUGAGUAAGGAAAUAGACAACUCAAUUAAAUUUUUCGGAAGAGCAAUUUAGUUGAGUAAAGACUAUUCAUAUGCUUAUACUUUAUCUGGUCAUGAAUUCUCACAAAAUGAAAAUUUCUAAUAAGCCAAGAAAUCGUAUGACAAAGCCACUUCUUUGGACUCGAGAUAAUACAAUGCUUGGUGGGGACAGGGCAACAUGUACUAUAAGACUGACAAAUAUGAUGAUGCCAUCAGAUGUUUCACUUAGGCUCUAAAGAUAAACUCAAACAAUCCAGUUCUACCAACAUUUUUGGCUAUGAGUUAUGCAGCCAAGGGAGAGCACGUUGAGGCUCUGAAAUACUUUGAGCAAAGUGAAAAAUUAGAUCCGCAAAAUGGGUUAAAUAAGUAUUAGAAAGUAUAAAUGCAUUAUAAUAUGAUAGGCUAAUUCAUUAAUAAAAAUAGAUGAUUAUAAUUCGGCCUUAAUUGAAUUGCAGAGACUGAGAGAAUUGAUCCCGAAAGAAGCAGCCAUUUAUAUCUUGAUGGGGCGAAUCUUUAAGAAACUGGGGAAGAUUUAAGAAGCAUAAAAGUAUGGAGGAUUAUUAAUUUCGUAGUUGUUUCAGUACUGCAAUGUCCCUUGAUUAGAAGGAUUCUGCGAAGAUCAAAGGGCUUAUGGAGAGUUUAAAUAAUCCGAAUAGCGAAUUCAACGACGAUUUUGAUUUAUGACAU